AAAGCUCGGUGCUUGAUACUUUUGGAACACGUACGUUUUGGAGCUCUGGGCCUCCUUUGGGACGUUCAGAUUGUCGUUUCAGAGGACCCGUGCGCGCGUUUGUUUCCUGGAUAACUUGAUUUCUUAAGAAGCGCCGGUGCGGGUGCGCGCGCGGCAACUUUGAUCGCUUUGGCAGCUACAACUGCGAGGCAAAAGAAACGGCAAUCGCCAGCUGGGAUCGUGUCCGUGAAAUAGCGCGCCGAAAUUUCGUCGAAAAAAGCUCGAAAAAGCUGGAGUCGCAAUGUCACUAAUGCCUCGGUGAUUGCGAAGCCCAAAUAAGAGCAUGUCUGACGGCGGAGGCAAGCGGUCGUUGCGCCUGGACUUUGUAGACUGCCAGGCGCACGCAUCGACCAGCCAAGGCGCGGCGCCGCUCGUUGAUCCCAGCAGGGUCCCGAAAAGCUCACGCGAUCCGCACCGCGGUCUAUACCCGCGGCCCAGCCGGCGUGAGAAAAAAGAAUCGGCCGGGAGUCGAUUCGCUUCCACUGAUGCGUCCAAGAUGCCGACGUUCCAGAAGGCCAGUUCGCUGCUGAAAAGCAGCGCGCCUUCGGUGUACGAUUCCUACGAUGGUGCACGACCCCUGAUGGUCGAGCGGCAGCCUGCCAAAAAAAAGUCUAGUUCCCCGACAACUCCGGUCAACAAGAUCACCAGUUACUUCGAAGCCACACGCAGAACAAAGCGGCAACGUUCGCCUUCGCCGAGUGCGGCAUCUCAGUGUGACGCCGAGGAGAGCCGAGCAUCGUGCCACUCCAAAGAUCGGCUGCAACCUGUGUCGGAACAGCCGGACUGGCAUUCAGACAGCAGCUCGGACUCUGUGGUGAUCACGGACGUGUUUGGCCUUGUUCCGCCAGCGGCUACUAAUCAAGAUGAUGAGCAGGAUCCAUUCGCACGAUUGCCAAACGAACUUCUUGAACAAGUUCUGGCCCGUGUAGGCAUGCAAGACCUAUUGCUCACCUGCAACCGCGUGUGCAAACGCUGGCACAGCGUCAUCCAUAAUCCUCACUUCCUUGUCCAGCGGAAGCGCUACUACCGCUUAAAGUCUGAGUGGUGCAGCGACACUAAGGCGGAGGUGAUUGCCAUCUGUGAAAAGCACAACAUGAACGAAAUUUCAUGCUGUCUCAUGCAACUCAACAGGUAUAUGGCUGGUUACAGGGCGAGCACCAAAGGCCUUCCAGAGGUCCUGCGUCGGCACCCCAUGUACAAAGAGAUUGCUUAUUUGCUCCCAUCUUACUAUGGCGUCUCCUUCUGGCCUCCAAAUGCACCGGACAGUGCCUUACCCUGGUGGAGUGCUGUGGCAUUGCUGGUGACUCUGGUGGCCAGGAGCGUAGAAGAUUUGCUCGCCCUUUUUUAUGGGUCUGUAGACAAGGUGGCGCUGACCGAAGCGCUCUACUGCUUGGCCACUUUCCUGCUGCAUUUCCAACGGACUUAUGGCCUCUGUCACGGGCUCCACUACCGCGUCUACUAUGCGCUGCACAUAGUGGAGAGGCCAGGGACAGCAACGCUCAACAUUGCGAGCCGAUCGGGUCAGCAGAGUCUGUGGAAGUUUCGGGACCAGGAGCAACGCAUGCGCUUCACUAACGAGCAGAUGCGCAUCAUCAAUCACGAGUUGGCACCUACUGACGUUGUGCGCAUCCUGGCCUUUGCUGGGACAGGCAAGACGUCUACACUUGUUGAAUAUGCCAGAUUGAGGCCUGCAGCCAAAUUUCUUUGCAUCGUAUACAACAGGUCUGUAUGUGAUAUUGCCAAGCAGACGUUUCCACCCAACGUGACUUGCAGUACAGCACACUCACUGGCAUUCCGGGCAGUUGGCUUUCAAUACAAGGCGAAGCUGUCGGCCAAGGUGCGGGUGCUGGACGUCAGCAAGCUGGUGUCGGCGCCACCGUCAACGCGCAUGCCACGGCUACGUUUUGCGAAGCUGGUGUUGAGCAGCGUGGAGAACUUCCUGGCCUCGGCCGACCCAGAAAUCACCGUGGCCCACGUGCCAGACCAUGCGGUUGCCCUCGAAGAGGAUGGUCUGCCUGUGCCCGUUCACCCGACUGACAAAUUGGCGGUGUGCGAGGCAGCUAGCCAACUGUGGGCUCGCAUGAAGGACAGGAACGAUGAGGAGGCGCGGAUGACGCACGACGGCUACCUCAAACUGUACCAGCUGCGACAACCAUCAUUGGACUCCUACGAUGCCAUCUUCGUCGACGAAGCACAGGACUGCAACCCUGCCAUGCUUUCACUGGUACUGAGCCAGUCGUGUGCCAAACUACUGGUCGGUGAUCCCCACCAGCAGAUCUACUCUUUCCGGCGUGCAGUCGAUGCCCUUUCCUCCGUUCCAGCUACUCACACAUUCUGCCUCACACAGUCUUUCAGGUUUGGUCCCGAGAUAGGCUAUGUGGCCUCUUGUGCGCUUGAGGUUCUCAAGAGUAUCACCAACAAGACCAUCGUGGGAACAGAGACGCAGGGAUCGAUACACGGCCCUCUCAGUGGCCAGGUGGCAGUACUCGCUCGCAGCAACCUGGUGCUCUUCAACAUGGCUGUUGACAUUGUCUGCAACGAAGGCUACAAGCAACUCUGCCUCAGCCACGUCCGGGGUGCCUUUGUUGGGGGAAUUGCUGGCUACGGAUUCCAGCAAAUUCUGGACAUCUACUACCUCAAGUACCGGCCAGACGAAGCCCCAUCCAUGGUCCAAGAUCCAUUCGUCAAGCGCUUUGCCAGCUACGCAACGUUGUACAAGUACGCCCAGACAGUUGAGGACCUUGACCUGUGCUCCAAGCUUUCUUUUGUGAACGACCAUGGCCACGACGUGCCACGAUACGUGCAGGCCCUCAGGUUACGCUGCACUGGGGAUCAGCGGCUGGCCAAUGUGGUCUUCUCGACAGCGCAUAAGGCCAAGGGGCUUGAGUUUGACACAGUAUUCAUGGCCGACGACUUCUACACGGGAGACAUUGCCCAGCCUCAGCUGAUGGCCAGGACUCCAGAACGCCUGGAGGAGUAUCACGUGCUGUAUGUGGCAGUUACUCGAGCCAGGCGAUGCUUGCGUCUCUCACGGGCUCUCUACUUUCUCCUGGUUCGUGCACAGGAAUGCUUUGAGCACCUUAGCCCAACGACACAGGCUGAGCCUCUGACCUGCUUGGUUUGCCAGGAGACAUAUGUGCCUAGCGGUCAGCUUGUUUGGACUCGUGAUGCCCUCGUUGUGGGAAACCGAGAUGUGGCAGGUGGCCCCCUCUGCAAAAGCUGUGCUCUGGAAACCACCUGGGAACCGCCGGUUGAGCACCGCUUCCUUGGAUGGCAGCACAUGAAGCUGCAAAAUGUUCACCGACAGAGCAUGGCAGCUGUUCCUCGAAUGUGUUCUCUAGAUGGCUCUUUCAUUCCCGAGGCCCAACUAGUGCAACUUUGUGAAUUACUGCGUCUUAUAACGUUCUAGUUAAGUAAACAAAAGAAUAAAUUGACCAAUUCAAUGGUUACAAUGUUAC